GGCCAGAAAUACCCCGGGGCUGGUGGCACACGAGGCAGGCCGGGGGUACACUGUGUAGGCGAGUGCCAGUGUGGAGAGCACACACAGGAACACAACUCCUCCUCACAACCGCCGGGGUACCUCCUUCAGGAUACCUUCAGGACGCCUCCUUCAGAACCCACUCGUAACCCUGAGCUACGCUGGUGUCCACUCUGAAGGCUCAGUCUACGAGAAAUUAGCGAAAGCAAAAUUCCGCAGCAAAGCUAUCCUGAGGCCCACCCCUGCCGGCCCUGUGUACUUGGCACUGUACACCCAGAGUCCUGCUGCCCCUGGACGCUACUGCUAGUGCCUCAAGCUGCUACUAUUGACGGAAGGUGUCGGUGAUGGAGUUUUAAACGAAAUACGACGGCGUUUGUGAGGAAGAGAGAGAGAGGCCGUCAAGGUGGUAGAGACAAGCAUUUGUUGCUGGUGCUGGAUUUAAGUGCUGGUGUAAAACUAUAGUGACAACAGUAGUGGUGCUAUAUUAUACAUCGCCCCUGAGGGUAUAGUGCGGUUGAGUGCGCACGCGCUGACCACCUUCAAAAACUGUCGACGCCUCGGCAAUGUAAAGUGAAACCAUGUCCUCGUUUUGGAGUAACGUAAAGGGUCGAGCUACGGGCGAGAAGCCCCCCUCAGGCAAGUCUCGCUCCACCUCGCGAGGCAAGGAGAACCUACCCCGAGGACGACCUUCCACCCGAGAGUCACUUCCGGACGACACUCGAGAUGAGGAGGACCUCGACGACCACCGCGAGGCGGAGGUGGAGGGCGAGCCAGCAGGAGAUGGUUGUCUGAAUGUUUCCCGUCUUGCUGGACAGGUGUGGGGUCGUGGUGGAGGGGGGGUGAUGAGGGUGGGUUUACUACCCGCCUUCACCCGCUCAGGACGGACGGGAUCGCUGCCCCACCACGCCCGCAGGUCAUCUUCAGAGGGAACCCCACCGGCGCCCACGCCGCCCCCGACGCCCACAUCAGAAGAGCGGCCACCUGUGCCGGACUCGCCCAAGCCUAAGGUCAAGGGCUUGAGCAAGAAGCGUGCAGCCUCUGCCUCUCCGUCCCGGGAUAAGAGACGAUCCUUCAGAGGCAUAUCUAGGGACCGCUUUCCAAACCUGCCCUCUAUGCCACACCUACCUCCUAUGCCAAACCUUCCCCCUAUGCCGCACCUGCCUCCCAUGCCACACCUUCCCCCAAUGCCGCACCUACCCCCCAUGCCGCACCUACCCCCCAUGCCGCACCUUCCCCCCAUGCCGCACCUACCUCCUAUGCCCAAGGGUCCGUCACUGCCACCACAGCUGCGGAAACUGGUAAGUCGUGGGAAGGACAGGAAGGGCGGGGAUAGUCCCAGCAAGCCUAGUCGGCGCCAGGGACCGGUGGGUCGUACCUGGGUUAAAGUCUACGACGACAUCACAUUCAUGGACGACGACAAGAGUAGCGACACCCUCUACCCUAUCGUCGCCCACACCGGCAGACCCAAGAAAGUGCCCGACGCCGCCCCUCUACCCACGCCGCCCACGCCACCCCCGCCCAGGACGCACAAGGACGUCUCCAUCGACAGCGAAUACGACAACAUUCCUCGACCCGACGCCGACCAGCAGGAACCCGAACCUGCUGAAGACUUCCCCGAGGAGCUGCCUGACGUGACGCCCAGCGAGGAACCCGCGGCCGCUGAGGGCGGACCUCAGGACGCACCAACAGCCCGCGAUAGGGACAGGUUCAGGGGACGGCGCCAGAAGCGGACGGGGACGCCAGUGGCCAGGAGCUACAGCGAGGAGGAAGUGGGAGAUGUGGAAGCGGCGCGCCUGGCGGCCAUUGAGAGCGAGAUCAUUGUAGCAUCACCCGAGGAAGAGGACUACAUCAUCCCACAGGCCCUACAGCCUCCACGCCCACCCCGCGGCAACAAGGUCUACGACAACAUCGAACCCACGCCCUCCCAAGCCCUUGACACCCAGAUGGACCACGACACACCCAGCAUCGAAGAACCCAUUAAGCCGCGCAGAGGCGUCAAACUCUACGAAGAAAUUCUCAUCAAGCGGCAGCAGUUUCUUGCUGCAGAGGACGAGCAGACGCCAGCAGACGAUAGACAGCAGGAAGAUGCGCGGGAGAGGGAGCAGCAGGAAGCAGCAGGUGAAGUCGGCUACACAGUAAGCGCACCAGCGCAGUUAAGUGUAGAAGUGGAGGAAGGAGAUUUUGGGCAGGUGGAGGCAGGUGAGGCUGAGCAGGUGAAGCCAGGUGAGGAUGGACAGGUGGAAAGAGAGACGACACCUGAUGAACCUUGUCGUCCUCGUCGCGGGGUUAAAGUCUACGAGACCAUGGAGGUGCGACGCGACGCCCCGACUGAGUACGCUUUUGAAACCAGCAUUGAGCAGUCAGUCUCCGAAGUGUGUGAUUUCGAGGAGAAACAGAAGAAGGAUGUGAGUGAUGUAUCUACCAGAGAGGAGGAGGAGAGUGAAGGGUCUACCAGGAAGGAGGAAAGUGAGGUAACUGCCACUGAAGAGAAGAUACCUCCUCGUCCCACGCGAGGCAACAAGGUAUACGCUGCAGUGGUGAUACAGUGUCAUCAAGAGAGCGGUCAGGGACUAGUCGCCCAGGUCUCGGUCCACCACAAGACCGACCACAUUGUUGCAGAGCGUGAGACCAAAGUAGCUCCGAUGGAAGUAGACGCAGCAGUUCCGACGGAGGUAGACGUAGAAGCUCCGACAGAGGUAGACGCAGCAGCUCCAACGAAGGUAGAAGCAGCAGCUCCGUCGGAAGUAGACGCAGCAGCUCCACUGGAGGUAGACGCAACAGCUCCGACGGAGGUAGACGCAGGCGCUACAGAGGAAGUACCUGCAGACGUAACAGCCCACGACGUACUGGCGAAGCAGCAGCACGAAGUCGAGAACGAUGUCGCCCUCAAGAUGGAGCCGAUGGAACUCAGUGACCAGCAGGAGGUGGAAAGAAAAGCAGGAGUACCACCUUACGCUCGUGUACUGAAGGGGGGCGGCACUAGGGAGCUGCGCCCCCUGGUCACCAGCGAGGAUGAUGAGCCGCCCCCUCCCAUCCCCCCCAAGAAGAAGGGUCUGAGAACCAUCUCUCCCCAGCUGGACAGGGACCCGCCUCGCCCUCCACGACACCUCAAGCCUCGCCCCCGCAGGUCUCUCCUGUUGAUCAACGGUGAGGUAGGUCCUUCAAGGCCCGCCAGGGGCAGCAAGAUUUACACUGCUGUCCAAGUUAUCACUCCAGACCCGCCCAAGAGGCACUCCAAAGUAGUGCGCAUUGAGGACCUCGCUGCCCACAUCAAGGACGACCUCGACGCCCACAUCAAGGACGCUCACGCACCCCUUAAGCCAUCCAGGCACGCCCUAAAUGUCCCUCGACGUCGCAAGAAACACAAGUAUGGGAGAGACGGGGAGGAAGAGGCGCUACAGACGGUGAAUGACACAGAAGUCUCCAUUACUACCGACUUCGAGAAUUACCAGAAUGUUACGUUAAGCCAAGAUGGUCCACGCCCCGUCGCCCGCACACGCCCGCGGCCCCUCCCUCCGCCCCCUCCACCACCCAAAAAAGGCAAAAUACAACAACAUCACCAGCAGAGACUACAACAACAACAAGUACUAGACGGGCGAGUGAAUCAGGGCUACCAACCCAAAGGGGCUACUGAGAACGGGAGUGUUGGCAGACCUGCUGGAGGGGAGGAUCAGGGUGGGUACCUCCACCCAGCCAGUCGUCCCUCGGCACACGCCGGGACUGGUCGUAGUCGUCCAGCUACGCUCGACACCGACAUCGACGACAACUUGAGGACCAUCGAGUCGUCCUUCGCAGCGCUAGACACUGUGUUGAAGUCGCUGCAGACAUACUCGAGAGCCUCCCCAGGCAGGGCUGGGGUGAGGGCCUCCGAGCAGGACCUACCUCACCACCUUCCUCCCUCCACCUCGCCUACCUCCCCAUCACCACCGACAACAACCAUAGCAUCACCAACGGCCCCAACAGCAUCACCAACAAUCACCACAAUAUCACCAACAGACUCCACGACAUCAACAUCAAUCUCCACAGCAUCACCAACAACCACAGCACCCUCAACAGUCCUCACAGCAUCCCCAACAGUCCUUACAGCAUCGCCAACAAUCCUCACAGCAUCCCCAACAACCACAGCAUCGCCAACAGUCCUCACAGCAUCCCCAACAGUCCUCACAGCAUCCCCAAUAGUCCUUACAGCAUCGCCAACAAUCCUCACAGCAUCCCCAACAACCACAGCAUCCCCAACAGUCCUCACAGCAUCACCAUCAACAGCCUCUGUUCCCACAACGAUAGAAACGGUAUUAACGGCAUCUCCAACAGUAGCAACAGCAUCAACAGACGCAGAAGAAACAGCAUUGACAGCAGACAAAGUGAAAGCAGAACAGACAGCAGUGAAUUCUGCCUUGGGAAAAACAGUGCAGGAGACCGAGACACUGUUUUCACGGUCCGAAUUUGAAGUCAGUGAAUCCAAAAGUGUCGCUGAGGAAGCCAAAAAUGCUCUCGAAACCAGUGAGGGAGUCGAAACCACGUCCAUAGCGGUGAAAACCAGUGACGAGCGAGUGAAAGACCCUUCCGGUGAAUCCAAAGAGGAGCCUGUAAAAGUCAAAGUUACCCCAGAGACGACAGUGAGGUUUCUGGAGGGGAAAACAGUGUUCGAAACCUCUGUAAAUAUCAGUAAAACCUCUGUAGAUACCAGUGAAUCCUCUGUAAAAGCCAGUGAAUCCAAAGAAAGCGCUGAGGAAGUCAAAGGCGUAGAAACAAAAGCCGAUUCGGGUGAAAUCAAAGGUGAGCCUGACUCGUCCGUAGAGGCUGAGGAAGGCAAAAGUGACUCUCUGAGAAGUGCGGAAAAGAUCGAGGAAGCCAAAAGGGAGCCAGAGGAAGUCAAAGUCAUUCCAGAGGUGGCCUUGAAAUUUGAGUUGGGGAAGACAGUGUUUGAAACGACGGUGAAAAUUGGGGAAGUCAAAGAGAGAACUGGAGAAGACAAAAUCACUAUAGACACCACUGUGAAAGAGGAAGCCAAGUCUGAGUCUGGGGAAAUCAGCCUUGACGAGGCAGGACGUGAUACUGGAGAAGCUAAAACCGAUGAGGAAGUCAAACUCGAAAAAAUCAAGGCAGAAACAGAUGAAGAAGCUUCAGCAAGUCUUGUUUUAGGGGAAUUCAACGUGACUGGCCUUGAAGUCAAAACAGUUAAGGAAACAGUUACGAAGGCAGAGGAAGACAAACUCCAACCUGAACCGACACUGGGAGUUGAAGACAAACCUGAAGACGAGGCCGAGGAUAAAGUCAAACCAGAGACGGUGAAGCCGGUGGAAUUCAAAGCUUCCGAGGAAGUCAGUGCUGUAACAGACACAGCCGUGAAAUUCCAAGAGGGAAGAACACUCUUUCAGACGACGGUAAAGAUUGGGGAAGCCAAAGAAGUCAAAACCUCCCAGGAGAAAAUUGUGGAAGCCGAGGAACCUAUACCUGGCCAUCAAACAUCAGAUGAAGUCAAACUUGAGCCUGAGGAAGUCAAAAAGGAGACGGCUGUAAAAUUCAAAGAGGGAAGAACGCUGUUUGAAACUAGGGUCCAACUUGUGGAAGCCAAGACUACGCCAGAGGUAAGUGAGGCUUCAGAUGAAGCUCGAUAUGUUCCCGAGGAAGUCAAGGUAGCUUCCGAGGUAGAAGAGGAAGUCAAGGUAGCUUCCGAGGUAGAAGAGGAAGUCAAGGUAGCUUCCGAGGUAGAAGAGGAAGUCAAGGUAGCUUCUGAGGUAGACGAGGAAGUCAAGGCAGCUUCCGAGAUAGACGAGGAAGUCAAGAUAGUGCCUGAGAUAAGAGAGGAAAUCAAGAUAGUUUCCGAGAUAGAUGAAGUCAAGAUAGUUCCUGAAAUAACAGAAGUCAAAAGUAUUCCCAAAGAAGCAGAGGAAGUCAAAAGUCCUGAAGAAGCAAAUGAAGUCAAGGGUGCUCCUGAAGAGGUAGAGGAAGUCAAAAGUGCUUCUGAAGCACAGGAAGUCAAAAGUGUUUCAGAAGAAGUAGAGAAAGUCAAAAGUGCUGAAGAGGUAGAGGAAGUCAAGAGUGUUCCUGAAGAAGUAGAGGAAGUCAAGAGUGCUUCUGAGGAAGUAAAGAGUGCUCCUGAAGUAGAGGAAGUCAAGAGUGCUCCUGAAGUAGAGGAAGUCAAGAGUGCUCCUGAAGUAGAGGAAGUCAAGAGUGCUCCUGAAGUAGAGGAAGUCAAGAGUGCUGAAGAAGUAGAGGAAGUCAAGAGUGCUCUUGAAGUAGAGGAUGUCAAGAGUGCUCCUGAAGAAGUAGAGGAAGUCAAGAGUGCUCCUGAAGAAGUAGAGGAAGUCAAGAGUGCUCUUGAAGUAGAGGAAGUCAAGAGUGCUGAAGAAGUAGAGGAAGUCAAGAGUGCUGAAGAAGUAGAGGAAGUCAAGAGUGCUCUUGAAGUAGAGGAAGUCAAGAGUGCUCCUGAAGAAGUAGAGGAAGUCAAGAGUGUUCCUGAAGAAGUGGAGGAAGUCAAAAGUGCUCCUGAAGAAGUAGAGGAAGUCAAGACUGUUCUUGAAGAAGUAGAGGAAGUCAAGACUGUUCUUGAAGAAGUAGAGGAAGUCAAGACUGUUCUUGAAGAAGUAGAGGAAGUCAAGACUGUUUUUGAAGAAGUAGAGGAAGUCAAGAGUGCCCCUGAAGCAGAGGAAGUCAAGAGUGCCCCUGAAGCAGAGGAAGUCAAAAGUGUUAUUGAAGAGGCAGAAGAAAUCAAGACAACAGGUGAAUCCAAAACUGCGCCUGAGACAACCGAACUCAAAACUACCUCAGAAACAGUGAAAAGUGAGGAAGCCAAAGUCGAAGGGGAAAAAGAUAUUGUGGAAGCCAUAAACGCUCCACUAAACUCGUUAGAAGUCAAACCUGAAAACAGUGAAGGCGCUACAUAUACACUGAAAGCUGAUGAAGUCAAAAAAGACCCAGAGGUGAUCCCAACUGUCGAGGAAACUGCUGUGAAAUUCAAAGAGGGGAAGACAUUAAUUGAAACCACGGUUAAAGUUGGGGGUUCGGAGGAAGGCAAAAUUGAACCGGAGAGAAAGGGUACUUCGGAGACACGUGUGAAGGCUGAGGAAGCCAGGAUACAAGAGCCGGUGCCUUCAGUGGAAUGUGAAGGGGAAACGACACAGACCGUGGAGGAAGUUAAAUCAGAGGGCGGAGACGUCAGCGGUGAGCUUCAGACGCUAUCCACGAGUGAGGAAGCCAAAGUCGAACAGGGAGAAGUCGAGACUGAGCAGGGGGAAGUCAAGGCUGAGCAGCAAGGAGCCAAGGGGGCUUCACCAGCUGCCAAGAGAGGAAGGACUGUCUACGAAACACUCUACCAAAUUGAAGCUAUCAAGGAGAGGAAGUCAAAAGCACAAGACAAGGUGGAAGACAGCAAGAGUGUGGAGGCUGGUGCAGCGGACGUGGAGGCUUCGCAGGCAGAGGUGGAAGUAGCAGACGACGCAGCAGGAACGACAGGACUGGAGGCUGGUGUAGCAGAUAUUGCUAGUCGCCUCGAAGAAUCUGAAUGAGGAGAUUCUGGCGGACUUGGAAGCGCGCAUCGCAGACUGGGAAACACAUAAGAAGAUAUCUGACGUGAUCGUACGCAAGGGCCCCUUCCUCAAGCUGUACUCGGCCUACAUUAAGGAAUUUGAGAACCAG